ACAAACCCGGCGCAGGAGUUUGCUGUAGCGGCAAAAACCGGCAAAAAUCUAACCAAUGCGGAUAACAUUAAAACAACCUGAGGCUCGUGUGUGGGACAACUACCGUGGACGUGCAUAAGCUGCUUUUAUGUAGCGGAUUUGUGUAGUUAUGAUGAUAAUUUCGUCAGCUCGUUCUGUCCUGCAGUAAAAUCCAGUUCGGGUUUUCGAAUAUCUGAACGUAACCAGUUCUGGGCUCUGAAAAAGGACAUUUUCAAGUUACAGCCGGUCAGAGCAAGCCUUGUGGGAAGGGGGUGUGUAGAGAAUUGGCAGAGCUUCCCGUUCGUCUUUUACGAGUGCUGCUGAAUCUCCAUUAGGAGUUCUCCAAAGCAGGUCGAAAGAUACGAGGUGCUAAUUGCAGAAAUGGCACUGAAGACCAGACUUGGAAAGCGGUCUCCGUUGGGCACCCUGGUGUGCGGUUCCUUCGCCGAGGGCCUGACUGAAACGGGGUCCCACUCCCAUGGAGACGGCGUGGUUCACAAAAUCAAGCUUUACCCAGGACAAAAGGUGUAUGUGCACUGCGGUGGCCGGGAAUGUGGAGGUGUGGUGGAGCAACAUAACCAUGUGGACAAUGAGGUGUCCAUCUUCCUGCCUCAGCUCAACCAGCACGUACAUCGCAAGCUGGAAGACGUAUGGACGAGCCCCACGAUGUCUAGUCCUAUCUCAGUCUCCACGUCCAUUGACGUGCCAAAAAGGAGCCCGGAGACCGUAGAUAUGGAUGAGAUGAUGGCUGCUUUGGUGCUUACCAGUCUAUCCUGCAGUCCAGUCAUCCAAAACUCAGCUCAGGGGAACAUGACACAAGCUUUGUGUGGAAUGGAAAACGGUACUGGCGAAGUGUCCGAUGGUGGAUACUGGAGCUGCGACCAUGGAAACGGCAGCCCUGCCCCAUCCCCACCCAUCGCGGAAUCUGACAAGACCGCAAAUCUUGUUGAUGACGGCCUGGACAUGGAGCUGGACCAAAUGUUGUUUAAUGAGCCAACACCAAGGAAACGCAAAAAUUCCGUAAAAGUGGCAUAUCGGUGUUUGUGGCCAAAUUGUGGAAAAGUAUUGACCACGGUAGUGGGCAUCAAGCGGCACAUCCGGAAUUCUCACCUUGGGCAAAGUGACGAACACUCGCACAGGGAAGAAGACUUUUACUACAGCGAAGUCUAUCAGGACUUCGAGCAAACAUCUCCUCCUGGUGGUCACCAGCCUUCUUGCACUUCUCCAUCCAGUCCUAACCGGCACACACCACCGUCUCCUUCCAGCCCGGAUCUGCCCCAGCCCAGUCCGCUCAGCCAAUCGGCCCCGGGCAGCUUCUGGCAAGUCCAUUCUGAGCACUCUUACCAGGCCCCUCCACCUGUUCCAGUGGUGACGCAGUGUAAACCGGUGGCGGUGUCUAUACCCGUGUCCUGUCAUUGGACUCCAUCUCUUACGGUUCAUCAGAGCAAACAGGCCUCCCCAUUUCGUCGUCGUUCAGUCAGUGUAGGUGAACAAUGGCUCCAGAACAACAGUGCCUCCUUCAGGCCACAUCCCGCCAGUGUUUCCCCUCCAAGAAACCAUUGCACUGCCAGGAGGAUUCGCGGCGAGGCCAAGAAGUGCAGGAAGGUGUACGGGAUCGAACACAGAGACCAGUGGUGCACCGCCUGCCGCUGGAAAAAGGCCUGCCAGAGAUUCCUUGACUAAAUACCUCCUGAGGAACAAAAGGAAGCGAACACUAACCUUAAAAGAUGGGAUUUUAUCUGGAACUAUGCGGUUGGAAGAAACCAAAACAGCACCUUUUUGACUUUUUCACUUUUUCAGUACUUUGUGUUUUACGAAACGUGCUAAGGAACCACGUUGGUGCUGAAAGAUUUCUCAAGUGAAAAGCACAGACUCAGCCCCUGCAACUCUGCAGUCUUCCUGCGUCUUAUAUCAAGAACUUAUAAAGCGUGACUUUCCUUUUACAAGCAGUAAGCAGUCAUGUAUUGAAGAACAACAGCAGCAGCAGCCAUAUAUUUUGUUGAAAAUGUUUUAAACCACCCACCCCUUCAAGACUGACCUGGAACCUCCUCACGUUUGUCCUCCGAAGCGGAUGGACAGUUUACUUAUCAUUCCAUGUGAUGUGAGACAGCGGUCCAUUGUUUUCAGGGGCAAAAAUGGCAGCUUAUAAAUGGUUAUUUGUAGUUAAACAAAAAAUCAGAAUAGCAUAUAAUGUUUAUGCUCAUGUAUGUCUUGUUUACCUGCUUAUUAAGCAGACGUUUCUUCUGUUGGCAGAGUUUUGUAUAACAAACUUUUGAUAGAGGAGGAAAUGGAUUUUGUAUUACGAUUUUGAUAUCUGUGAUGUGUUAAGUCAUAUGCCAUGUCAAAAUUAAUGUGUUUCUAUGACACAGGUUAUACUUCUGUGAAAUAAGAUGAUUCGCUUUUCUGUCAUGUCAAUGCUAAGGAAUAUCUGUAUAUGAAACAUGCAUGAAAUUAUACAGUUUAUAUGCGUUUCUUUGUGCUUA